UCGAGCGGUUUUGGCGCUUCCAUGCCUCUCUACAGAAAACAUCUUGAAUCUCGAUUUACAUAACAGAAAAUAAAAAAUGGCGAAGUAUUUGGGUUUAGAUAAAUUGCAAAAUUUGAUGAAAAUAAUACGUCAAAAUGGUGGUUUAAGAGGAUGCCUCAAAACACUUUACAGAACUGACGACCUUAAAUUUGGAACUCUCAUCGGAGAAGACAAGUAUGGCAACAAAUAUUAUGAAAACAACUAUUACUUUUAUGGGCGUAACAGAUGGGUAAUCUACACUGAUAAAGUAUGGAUGAGCUACGAUGGAUCUCAAGUCCCAGCAGAAUGGUUCGGUUGGUUGCAUUACAAAACUGAUCUUCCGCCGCACAAAGACCCUAAUAGGCCGCAGUACAAGUGGAUGUUGGAACAUAAAGAAAAUUUAUCUGGCACCACCGAGGCUUAUAUGCCAUUUAGUACUACUAAGCCAAAAGUAGAGGCAUGGAAACCUACCUAAAUGAAUGCUAAGCCAAUGGCUAAAUGGUAUGGAGCGUAGAAUGAUUGUAUUUGAUAUAAAUAAUAACCUCUAAGGAAACUUGUAAGUGUUUCGUGUAUAUAUAUAAUAAAAAAUUGCAACAA